CCGGGAUCGAUCGCGGACCGGGCCGGGACGGGCCGGGCCGGAAAAGUUUCGGCGGAUCGGGCCCAGCAUCAGCGAGCAGAGCGUUUCGCGAGGAGGCGCGGCCGGGCGCGCGCGCGCGGGUCACUGCCCCCUCUGUCGGCUCGAGUACCUCGCGUACCCGACUUUCUUGCCUCGCGAGGGAGACGAAAAACGCUGGAAAAGAGAGAGAGAAGGAGGAACGGCUGACGGACCGGCGGCGAGGGGCAGAGGGAACGGCACGGAGGGAGGAAGAGAGCGAGAGUGAGAGAUAAAGAGAAGAAAGAAACGAGCGGCGAACACCUUCCUCCGAAAGAUCGCGCUUAAUCCGAUUUCGAGUCGCCUGCGAAGGAGUCCAUUCGUUGGGAACAGGGGAUCGAGGGGAGGACAGAGGGAAACGGAUAGAGAAAGAGAGACAGACGGACGGAGAGAAGAGAACCGCGUAUACACAGACCGACAGAGAAAGAGAGAGAAAGAGAGAGACAGAGAGAAAGAGAGAGAGAGAGAGAGAGAGAGAGAAAGAGGAAAGCAUGGAAUCCGCGAGGCAUUCGCGCGACCGGUUGGAACGCUGAUCCGAUCCGCGGUACCAUGUCCCGUGCCCGACCGGUCACGUGAACCCGUAGGAGAAUGAAAUUGCCGUGGACGAUGAGGAAGAAGAACGAGAGGUAGUGCAGCUCGCGCACGCAACGCACCGUGCCCGGUUUACCUUUAUAUGUCGUCGCGCCGCGAGAGGAAUUUGGCAAAGGAAGGGGGCCCGUCCGAGGGACAGAAGAGAUGAUCAUUAGGAGAUCGAUGGUCCUAGCCCUGGUCCUGGGACUGUUGUCGGUGGACCAAAAUGGCGUCGGCCAGGCGUACGGCGAGCGGACACGCGGGGACGGUGCCGACUACCGGUUCACCCGCAAGCUGCCCGCGAGGGUGACGCGGCUGGUGCCGCGCAGGUCGCCGAUGCUGCCGCAGGACAGCGCGACGAUGGGCCUGGCGAUGCAGAGCAGGGCGGUGGACACGAGGGUGCAGAUGAAGGUGUGGGAAGGCGAGCCGGAGGGCACUCUAGUCGGCGAGAUACCGGUCAAGCAGGGGUUCACCUACCGCUUCAACGAGCCGCCGCAGGAGUUCGCGCUCGACCCGGAGACCGGCGAGAUCCGCACGGCGAAGGUGCUGGACAGGGAAGCGUUGAGCAGCGACAGGCUCGACCUGGUCGUCUUCUCCAGCUACCCGAGCUACCCGAUCGAGGUGAGAAUCCUCGUGCUGGACAUCAACGACAACGACCCCGAGUUCCCGGAGUCCAGCAUAGCGGUCAGCUUCUCGGAGUCAGCGGUGGUGGGCACCAAACUGCUCCUGGACGCCGCGACGGACAGGGACACGCCCGACAACGGCGUGGCCGACGACUACUUCAUCGUGGACGGCAACACCGACGGGAAGUUCCGGCUGGAGGUGACCGGCAAUCCCACCGGGGAAACCUCUUAUCUCCAUCUAGAGACCACCGGGAAGCUAGAUCGAGAGCAGGUCGAGUACUACUCGCUGAACGUCUGCGCGAGGGACAGAGGCAAGCCGGCCAGGUUAGGCUACCUCCUGGUGAACGUGACCGUGCUGGACGUGAACGACAACCCGCCGAUCUUCCAGCAGAGCGACUACGUGAUCGCGCUCAACGAGAGCGCGCCGGUCGGCACCAGGGUGCUGACGGUGCACGCGACCGACAAGGACUCCGAGGACAACUCGAAGCUGACGUACUACCUGCCGGACACCGAGCGGCAGUUCACGAUCGACCCGGAGACCGGCACGAUCACCACCGUCGAGCCGCUGGACUGUCCUCAGCAGAGCUGCACGAUGGCCGCGCAUCCCGGCGGCGGCUGCCCGAAGAGCUGCGUGAUAACGGUGUUCGCUCGGGACCACGGCUCGCCGCGGCAGGACGGUCGUACCUACGUAACGGUGAACCUAUUAGACGCGAACGAUCACGAUCCCGAGAUCAAGUUUAGUUAUUUCCCGUCGACGCCCGGCUACGCGACCGUCGACGAGAACGCCGCUAGGGACUCCAUCGUCGCGGCCGUCGCGGUGAUCGACAACGACGAGGGACUGAACGGGGAAACCUCCGUCGAGAUACGGGCCGGCAACGAGCUGGGCCACUUCCGGCUGGACAACACGCAGAGCUUCGACAUCGUGCGCGUGAACGGCCGACUGGACCGCGAGGAGAUCCCCAAGUACAAUCUCACCGUGGUGGCGACCGACAAGGGCACGCCGCCCAGGUCCGCCACCGCCUACCUCGUGAUCCACGUCAACGACGUCAACGACCACGAACCGGUCUUCCAGCAGAGCGAGUACUCCGCCGUGCUCUCCGAGCUCUCGCCGACCGGCAGCUUCGUCGCCAGCAUAUCCGCGACGGACGCCGACUCCGGCCUGAACGCCCGGAUCUACUACGACUUCGACUCGGGCAACGAGCAGGGCUGGUUCUCCAUCGACCAGGACACGGGGCUGGUCACCACGGUCGCCACGCUGGACAGGGAGGUGCAAGGCAGCAUCGAGCUGCACGUGUCCGCCAGGGACGGUGGUCCCAAUCCCAAGUACGUCUCGACCAAUCUGAAAGUGACGAUCCUGGACGAGAACGACGAGGCGCCGCGAUUCUCGCAGAGCGUCGUCGAGGUCACCUUGUCGGAGAACACGCCGCCCCAGAGCCUGGUGGCUACUCUGACGGCCGUGGACAACGACCAAGGCACCAACGGCAGCGUCGCUUACAGCUUCCACUCGAGCGUCUCCAGGGAUUACCCUAAGACGUUCGCGUUGGACGGGUUGACUGGACAAUUGACGACGAAAAUCCCACUGGAUCGAGAGACCACGGCCGAGUACAGGAUCUUGGUGAUCGCCAGGGACCAAGGCUCGCCGCCGCAGUCGUCCACCGCGACGGUGGUCCUGACGCUGGAGGACGUCAACGACAACGCGCCGGUGUUCUACCCCUGGCGCUAUCUGCUGCAUAUCCCCGAGGACGCGCCGCCCGGAACCACCGUAGGCAAGGUGACCGCUACCGACGCCGACGCCAGGGAGAACGCGCAGGUGAGGUACUCGCUGGAGUCCGGCGGCGAGGGUCUCUUCGUCGUCGACGAGAGGACCGGCGAGAUCGCGCUGCAAGGCUCCUUGAGAGCCGCCCACAAGACCCUCUACGAGCUGAAGAUCUCCGCCAAGGAUACGGGUGACAAGGUUGCGUCUAGGAACGCUCUAGUCGAGAUCAUCAGGGAGGAGGACCUGGAGCCGCUCGAGUUCGACACGUACAACGGCUACAAGUUCCAUAUACCGGAAGACAGGGGCGAAUGCGGCUCCGUCGCGAACCUGUUCAGCAGGGAAGUGGGGACCGUCCAGGUGGCGCAGUACGGCGCGGCGAAGGUCUCGUACGCGAUCGUGUACGGCGAUCCCAAAGGGAACUUCAAGAUCGACGAGAGCACCGGCACGAUCACCACUUCGGGAUGCCUGGACCGGGAGCAGAUCGCUUAUUACAGCCUCCAGCUGUCAGCCAGGGCUGGCCUCGCUUAUGGCCAGACCUCCGUGAACGUCGCCGUGCUCGACGUCAACGACAAUCCCCCGAGAUUCCCCAAAGGAGAGAUAGGGGACGAGGUGUUCCUCAGGGAGAACGCGGCCGUGGGUCAAGAGGUGUGUCUCGCGAGAGCCAGGGACAGGGACGCGGGUGCUAACGCUAGGAUCGUUUAUUCCCUGAUGCACAAUCCCGCCGGGCAAUUCCGGGUCGCCGAGAACUCGGGGAUCAUCUACCUGGACAGACCGAUCAGAGCCGCGCCUGGCACGGUGCUGCACUUGGAGGUGACCGCUACCGAUUCCGGCAAUCAACCGCUGUCCGCGCAGCAUCAGGUCCGAGUGACGAUCGAAGACGUCAACGACCACACGCCGGUCUUCAAGCUGACCAGCUACGAGACUUCUCUGCCGGAGUCGACGCCGGUCAACGACCGAUUCUUCUCCUUAACGGCGACCGACGCUGACCUCGGCGCGAACGGGCGCGUUCUCUACAGCGUGACCGACGGCAACGCCGAGGCGCGGUUCGGUAUAUUCCCCGAUGGACAGUUGUACGUGAAGAAUGUCCUGGACAGAGAGGAGCAGGAUUACUACGCGCUGGAGGUGACCGCUACCGAUCAAGGCAGCCCCGCGAGGAGCUCCGUGGUGCCGGUGGUGGUCCACAUCAUAGACGAGAACGACAACGCGCCCGAGUUCACCAAUUCCAGCUUCAUCUUCCAUCUCAGGGAGAACGAGCCGCCGGACACGUUCGUCGGGAAACUGUUAGCCACCGAUCGCGACGUCGGCCGCAACGCGGACCUGAUGUUCUCGCUGCCCGCUAGUCAACAGGACUUCGUCGUGGACCCUAGGAACGGCUUCAUCAAGUCCCUCAGGGUGUUCGACAGGGAGCUACUGGUCAGCAACACCGGCAGCAGCUACGUCACGCUGGAAGCCACCGUCACGGACAACGGCGUCAACAGGCUGAGGGACAGGGUGAAGGUGGUCAUCUAUAUUACCGAUGUGAACGACAACGUGCCGCAGUUCCAGAGGCUGCCGUACAGGGUGCAAGUGAACGAGGGUGCGGCGACCGGCACGCAGCUGCUCAGGGUGUACACGACGGACGCCGACGAAGGGCUGAACGGUGACGUCUUCUAUUCGCUGGAGGAUGGGAACCAGCACGGUCACUUCGCCAUCGACGAAGCUACCGGGCAGAUCUCGUUGGUCAAGGAGCUGGACAGAGAGACCUCGGAUCAGUACGUGCUCACCGUGGUAGCCCACGACGCUGGCCUGGAGACGCGUCUGUCCUCCAACACCACGGUCCACAUCGAGGUGCUAGACGAGAACGACAACGUGCCCCAGUUCGUAGACAACAAGUCCAGGAUCUCCGUCCUGGAGACCACCGCCACCAACACCGAGCUGCUCAGGUUCAAGGCGACCGACGACGACCUGGGACCCAACAGCGAAUUGGCGUUCGCCAUAUCAGCCGGCAACAGGAGAGACACCUUCUACAUAGACCCCCUAUCCGGCACGCUGUACCUCCGCAAGCCGCUGGACUACGAAGAACUGGAGAGGUACACGUUGAACGUGAGCUGCAGCGACGGAGGCCAUCCAAGGCUGAGUUCAGUGACGACGUUGCUCGUCGAGGUGAUCGACGCGAACGACAAUCCGCCGGUGUUCCCGAACACGGCGAUCGCCAGGCAGAUCAGAGAAGGGAUCCACGUGCACACGCCGAUAGUGACCAUCACGGCGGAGGACCCGGACUCGAACGAGAACGGCGUGGUCACCUAUUCCAUCGCCAGCCAGGACCCGGAGGACCAGGUGCGGAGGUUCGGGAUAAACCCGAGUACAGCUGUGAUACACACCUUGCUGCCGAUCGAUCGCGAGGAAGUGGACACCUACAAGCUGGUGGUCGUCGCCACGGACAGCGCGCAGCCUCCCAGCGCCAGGCUGUCCGCGGAGAAGCUGGUGAUCGUGAUCGUCGAGGACAUCAACGACAACGCGCCGAUCUUCGUCAGCAUGUCCGCCGUGGUGGUCCCGCUGAAGGGCACCUUCGAGCACCAGGAGGAGAUCACCGUGUGCCAGCUGCUCGCCAGGGACCUGGACUCCAGCACGAACGGGCUGGUCACGUACGAGCUGCUGCGCUCGAACGUCAACUACUCGGACAUGUUCAGGAUACACCGGAACACGGGGCAGCUGACGAUGAGGCUGCCCAGGUCGAUCAGGAACAGCUUGGAGAGGAUGUCCAAGUAUCAGGUCGGCGUCCGCGCGACCGACGAGGCCGUACAGGCCGAACGGAGGUCCACCGAGACGUACUUGACGCUGAUCGUGCCCGGCGACGACACGGCCGAGGACCAGCCCGUUUGGGAGCACCCCGGACAGAUCGAGGGCAGCGUCUGCGAGAACGAGCCCAUCGGCACCAGCAUACUGAAAGUGACCGCUCGCAGCCGCAGGUCUGGGAUCGAUCUUGAAUAUUAUGUGACGAACGUGACCGCCGGUAGCGGCGGGCCGCAGGUCGACAGAUUGUUCGACGUCGACACGAAGACGGGCAUACUGUCGACGGCAGCCGCGCUCGAUAGGGAAACCGGAAUCCAAUGGUACGAGGUGGAGCUGUACGCGAUCAGUGUCGGCAGCACCAGGCCGGCCACCACGUCCACCAAGGUAAGUGCGAUAAGUCCGUUUUGA